AUCGAUCACCACAUCCCUAGUUUAGUUGUACGGAUUUACAUUUUUCCAUUCUAACAACAAAGACGGGCAAAAUAUUUAAGAAAAAUGCCACAAAUCGAGUGAAUUCUUUUAAUUAAAAACAACAAAAAUGUUGUUUAAUUCAUUAACAACAUAAGAACUCCCUGAAUAUUCCUCCGUAAAAGCAAAGAAACCAAGGAAUUUAUCUAAAUGCUAGAAAUAAAAGAGACCGAAGAAGAAGAAAAAGAAAACAAUAACAACAGCAACAAAAAUGCCACCAUUUCGUAGAGAUCUGUUACAAAGGCUAUUUGUUGUGAUUUGUUUAAAUGUCAUUAUCACAACACCUUCCAUGGUAUUCACAUAUCAAACCACCAAUUCAAAUACAAUACUACAACAACAAAAUGUUCCUUUGACACCAACUAUAUUACAACAACUACAACAACAACAGCAGCAGCAACAGCAUGGAGGAGAUGCAAAAAUAGCUGCAAUCAAUAUUCCGGCAUCUCCAGCUGCUGCCGCUGUUGGUGUUCCUGGCUCAAAACAAACAAAAGUGCCUUUACACUAUAAUAAUGCAACGAUAGAACUGGUACCAGCUGCCGCAGGCCCAAUAAAUAUGAUGGCAGGGGCCUCGGGGUCCCUGGCAUCAUCUUCAGUGAUUAUCAACAAUGUUGCUGGACAGCAGCAACAGCAAUUCCUACAAACUCCGGCCAAUGUUUUCUUUACCAACUACAAUAGCCAACAGAAUGUGCGCCAGCUCCUAAGGAACAUGGAUGAGAGAUUUAAGAAUAUGCGUAAUGUGGAAAUGAGAGUGGCCACCAUACAGGAAAUUUUUGAUUCCAUGCAUUUUUCCAGUUCCUCGGCAUUUACAUUCAACAAAAAUCUUUCCAUAAACGGUGAUCGCAUCCCCCUGGCCCUUUUGGACUAUAAGCUACAACAGGAUCUGCAACAUUUCAGCAAACGUUUGGCUGAGAAAAUCGAAAAAGCCUUACACAUUGUCAGAGAUUUAAGGGAUUUCUUUCAAACGAAUAUUACACAAAUUGUCCAAUUCACGGCCGAGUAUGAGGAGGACUUGGAAGAUGAUGAUUCGGAUGUGGAACCAGAAUUCGAUAUGGAAUUAAAUGACAUAGAACGUCCUCUAAGUCCCCACAUAAAGCCCCUGUACUUGAAUACCUUUAUUCAGGCCUGCUAUGAUGUGGACUCCACAAGUUUUACAGCUCUACCCGAAAAUUACAACAAACAACAGAUACAAAUACUCAAUUAUGAUAAGACUGAUUAUGCUCCGCUAAUGAAAAACUACAUAGACACCUCGUUGCUCAAUGAAAAAAGUGAACUCACCAUGGAGGCCAAUUCCUAUAUCAAGGAGAAAAUUAAAUCCCUAAAAAUGUCGUUGCUUAAAAAUGACAAAUCACCCUGGAACUUGGAGAAACCCCAUGUGGGUAAUCACAUAAAACACAUUUACUUCCUGUCACGCAGUGAUGAUGCCAGUGAUUCGUUUAAUAAAUUCUACCAUGACUCCCAUUUCCGUUAUCUCUUCACAUCGGCCAUACAAAAGAAAUAUGUCUUCCUUUUGCUGGAUGUUGGCUCGGCCAUGAGUGGCGAACUUUUAGAAUUAGCCAAAACGUACAUAUCAAAUGUUUUACAAUUAUUAUCUCCCAAUGAUUUGAUAUCCUUGGUGUGUGUAUCAGAUGAAGUGGAAAACAUGCUGCUGCUAGAUGCCUCCGAUACGGAUGCCGCAAAUGGCUUGUAUUUAAGUACACGAGAGCGCAAAGAGGAGAUAAUGAAUUACAUCAAUAGCUUAUCGUUGAGUCGGGCCUUAACCAAUCAUUCAUUGGGUUUUGAGUAUGCUUUUAAAAUGCUUUCGAGGCUGGAAAAUGCCAGUCUAAUUGGUGCCCAGACACCCAUUGAAUUUGUCUAUGUUACCCGGGGAUUGCUGACCAAUUUCUCCGAUGCCAUGCAUGUCUUGAAUGUGGUGGCCAAGGGGCAGAAAUUGCUGCAAAAACCAGUUGUCAUCAAUGCCUGCGGUGUGGUUUUGGAUGAAAAACGCAUAAUGUACGAAAGGCAAUUCCUGACGGACAUUACAUCCCAAAACUACACCAAAUAUGAUAUUGAAUUCAAGGAUUGGUACAAGGCUGACCUGCAGCAAUUGAAAGGAAAUUUGUUUUUCCUUACCAAAAUGCAACAGGAAACCAUAAUACGUACGGCAACGGCCAUAUUUCAAAAGGAUUUUCAAGAUCCCUAUCUAAUUAAAACCUGGCAGGUGCAUCCACCCAUUGUGGAUAGCAGUAGUAAGGAUAGUAUUGUCUCUGUUACCCAUGCGGUGCCACCAUUUGGUGUGGUCGGCGUGAAUCUGUAUUUAUCCGAUUUAAUCGAAGAUGUCACCAGCUAUCAUUAUCAGCAACAGCAAUUUGCCCUAAGCAAUAAGGGUGACAAUUCCUAUGCCUUUUUGAUAGAGACCAAUGGCAAUACCUUAACCCAUCCAGCUUUCCCAAGACCGGUGACCCUAAAUCAAACCCCCUUUCCCGUGGACAUACAAUAUUUAGAGAAUUCCACCAAUUUUGCUGAUAUACGUCAGAGAAUUUUAACGGAAGAAAAUGGCAAUGCCACCACCAGCAUUUAUUUGACCAAAAAUCGCAAACAUGAAAAAUACAUACGUACAUAUCAAUGGCAUAAUAUUUUAGGGUUCUAUGUCUUGUGUAUGGUCAACACCAGGAGGGCAGAGGAAGCAGCCAGCACAGGGAAAAAUUCCGAAUUGAAACUGAAUCUACAACUCCCAGCCGCCCUACCAUUGACCCUCAAACAUUUUGCCUCCAAAAAUAAUAUACCCAUAUAUCCCCCACCGCCACCUCCACAUAGUGAAGACUAUGAACAGUAUUUUACCACCAUUGAUUUAAUAUACCAUCGUUUGGAUCUACUGCCUGCCACGGGCACAACAAAUUUAUGCCGUUAUUUUCGGCAAAUAUCAACCAUGGAUGCUGCCACUUUGUUUUUAAGUUCGCUGGCAUUUGAGUCACCAUUUACCUUCCUGCACAACAAUCGCAUUAGCUCUUCACCAGCCCAAUUGAAAACAAUUUCGGAGAGUAUUAUUGCCUACCUAAAAGAUACCACAGGUCUGUUGGCCAAUCCAGGACUGAGGCCUCAAAUAAGACAGGAAGUUAAUGCCCUCUACACAGCCAUGCAACAUCUGAAGAAAAGGCAUCAAGAUGCCAGGGGAUCAUUGAAAAACUUUAUUAUACGUCGAUACAUUGCCUCGGUGAAUGGGGUGCUACAGGUUUAUCCAGGAUGCCUGCUAAACAAUCUCUUUGAUCCCUCGCAACGCACCUGGUAUCGCAAGGCCAUACAAAACCCAGGGCGACUUGUGGUUACUGAACCCUACUUGGAUGCCGCUGGUGCGGGCUAUAUUAUCACCAUUGCCCAUACCAUAUUUGAGGGAAAAUCCAAUGCUCUACAUUCCAUAGAACGUGAUCAACCGGUGGCCAUUGUGGCCAUGGAUGUGCCAUAUGCUUAUCUUUAUAAGAUAAUACUAGAUUCCACGCCCUUGUGUUUGAUGCACAACAUCAAGUGUUUGUUGUUCGAAAAUGAGGGAUAUUUGGUGGCCCACCCCUCAAUGAUGGAAGCCAAAACGGCCACCAGGAAUCAGAGAAGACCCCACGAACACAUAACCCACAAGGAAUCCUACUUGGCCAAUGACAUACUAAACCACAAGAGUUUAGUACGCAAAUUGGCCUGUGCAAACUAUCAAAAUAGAACGCUACAGCGUUAUUAUGUCUUCAACACAUCCCUCAAUGAGAUUCUGACCAAUGUGGUGCAUGGUGAGAGGACAAAGUAUGCCAUUGCCCUCAUCAAGGGUUCCAACAUAUUCGCCGCUGUGCUCAAUUCCACCUGUGAUGGUGGGGCCUUUUGUCCAUGCAGUACCAUUGAUCGACAAUGUUUAAAUUGCAAGCGCAUGGAUCAAUCCGACUGUGAGUGUCCAUGUGAAUGUCCCAUGACCGUGAACGCAAAUGGUGUGGGAGUGGAUUCGGUGACAUCAUUACUUGAGGAAGAAGAUCUGGAGGGAGGCGCUUUAAAUUUAUCCUAUUUAAAUAUAACCAAACAAUAUUCCUAUUGUGAGCCACCCUAUGAGUCGUAUACCAUGGAAUCGUCACAGCUAAUGCAUGAACAAUUGAUUGCCCUACCCUCUUGCGUGAAUAUCAAUUGCGACAUGUACAAUACCCAGCGGGAAUGUUUGGGUGUCAUGGGCUGUGAGUGGUGUCAACAGGAUUUGGAUGGUAAUGGCUUUGCGGCCGCGUUCUGUAGUGCCCAAUCGACGUGCUAUAAUGGUGUCCUAGCCAGCCUUUCCCCCUAUGGCGACUUGGAUGAUGAUGACCUCUUGGCUGCCCAUGGCUAUAAUCCGUCUCAAAAGACCAGCAAUUAUUCCGCCUUUGGCCCGGUGGGUGGGGCCAUAAUUGUGCUGGCCAUUGUCAUUGGUUUUGCCAUCUAUUGCUACCGUCACAAUGUCGACAGUUCAUCGCAGGAACAAUUCUACAUGGAUUCAAUGCAAGAAGAAAACUAUGGUCUACCAUUGUCUCGAUUCAAUUUUGAUGAUUGUCAGGCCGAUGAUCCGCCGGGUGGUGGGGGAGUUGGUGGUGGUUAUGAUCACACUGCGGCCCAGCGUAGUCUUAUGAAUGCUGCCGACAUAUCACCAUAUCAUAUGAGCACCGGCAGCAGUUAUAGGCGGCCACCAAAUGGGGAAUCUGAUCAUGGUUAUUCUACAAUGACUCCGCAUGAAGACUCCUCGGAUCAUCAGUGUUUUACAUUGGCCGAACCGUUGUUGUUGAAUGAUAAACGUCAUAGUAAAUCAGAUACCAUGUCCAUAUCAACAUCCAUAUCAUCGCCCACAAAUCGCCAGCAGCAGCAACAGCAGUCAUCCCAUUAUGGAUUCCCCUCCAAGGAGUCACGUUACAAUUUAACAUCGCCCAAAAAAUAUUCACAUUCACCCAGCCGGGGGGUGUAUGAGCCCACCACGAUUCCCCUGCAAAGUUCUUUGGCUGCUGGCGAUGAUGGCUGUGGCAGCAGCUCCGUGCCCGGAGCCACCCAUCUUAUUUUAGCUCCUGUUACGGUACACAGACACAUGGAAACUUCCGAAUCAUAGCCAUAAUUUGUAAUUUAUUGUUUAUAUAUGCUGUAGAUUUAUGUUUUAUUUUCAUAAGUUAAGAAAAUUUAAUUCCAAACCCUAACAACAAACAAAAUUUGAUGAUUGCCAAUAUUAGUUUAAGUUUUUUUUUAUAAUUUUCAUUUUUAAUCCAAACAAGCAUUUAUUUUAAGAAACUUCUUUUUUAUAUAGUUUAACUAUACAAAAGGAAAAAGGACAGAGAGAAGAGUUCUAGAGUAGAGAUCCAUAUGAGACCUCUUCGUCUUCAUGUUGUUGUAACUUAAAAAAAGAAAUUGCAUGCAUUUUUAAUGCUUAAAUAUGUUUAUGUUAAGAUUUUUUUAAAAUAAAACAAAUAACUUGAGUAUUAUAUUUUUAUAUACUAAAUGUUCAGUAAAAAAAUGAUAAUAAAAUAAUUAAGAAAAAGAAAAAAACAGCCGUAUGCGGUGCUUAACACAAAAUCUUAAGAGAUGAAUGAAUAAGUGUUGGCCCAUGCAUUGCUGUGUCCUCCAGAUCCCUCCCCCAAAACCCCUCAUCAUCGCUCAUGUCCAUUUGAAAAUGAAAUGUACUUAUUUCAAAGUAUUAUCGCUUUACAUAACUACUAAAACAACAACAACAACUACAUAACGUAACAUAAAAAUAAUUUAAAUUAAA